AUGGCUUACUCAAUAAGGACUCAAAAGCAGGCAACAACCAAGUACACGCCAUUCUUUCUUAUGUUUGGUCGGAAUCCAAAUUCACCUCAGAUGGUAAAUUGUUUGAAAUUGUUCAUGUGCUCAAACUUAUCAAAUAAAAACUGCAUUAAUUCAUCAUUAAAUAUCUUUUAGGUGACUGUUGUAGAGGACAGUUCUCCAGAUCAACUUGAGGAUCUUCUGGAUGAACAAGUUGGUGAAAGAACUGCUUUAGCUGAAGAUGCAUGUUCACAAGCAAGUAUGUAUUUACCUGAAGUAUUUUUUACCAAGUGGUUGUGAUUUAUAGGUUGCUUCUUCUUUCUGCUGUUAAAUUGCUAGGUUUUGAGGAGUUUUUAUAUUGAAAUAUUAUUAAAUACUAGGUUACCUGCAAGGGAGGGAAUGCGGUGGGAGCUAUUUUAACUUCAAUAGAUUACUUAGAAAAUUUCAAAUUGAAAGGCUGUCAAUGGUCUGAUAUGUUUAACCCAAUGAGCAGCAUUUUACCUUAUGCUCCACUUCAUUUUGACCACAGGGGCUUAACUAAUGCAUCUUGUAAUUAUUUUAGGUUCUUAGCAAUGUAGAAAUUGCUCAAGAAAAGCCGAAAAAGCAAUUUCAAAAAAGGAUAGCAAAGGGUGUGAAAACCUUUAACAUCAAAGUAGGAGACACCAUUUUUAAAAAACAAAUGAAAAAUGUAUCAAGAAAAGGUGGAAAGAUGGAGCCUGUUUGGAUGGGGGGCCACAUAGACAACCAAGAGAGAGCAUUGUUUUAA